UGCAGUGAACUCGCGCUAAUGAACUUCCACUGACAAAAACUAAACACCUGUGAAGGAGAAAUCUUUACCUCAGUGAGCUCGCGCUAAUGAACUUCCACCGACAAAAACUAAACACCUGAAAGAGAAAUCUUUACCUCAAAUGCCCGAGCAGCCGCUCAUGCUCUCUUCUCAUCUCUCUCAGAAACCCUUGCUCCUUUUCAGACUCCACCCCCAAAUCCGCCUCCUCUCCUCUCUCCCUCCAUCAAUCCCUCCCCGGAUCCUUCACCAAAUCUCCGCCAAGAUUCCUCCACCCCUCUCCAAUGGCUUCCAACCUCACCACCUCGAAUCCAUCCUCCUCCACCUUCUUCGUUCUGAUCCCGCUUCCUCCAUCCGCCUCUUUCAGUGGUCCAACCGCCAUCUCCAUCUCCCGCCAACUCUCCCCUCUCUCUCCACCGUCGCCCACGCUUACAUUUCCCUCAAAAACUUCGAGAAUGCUCGUGAAAUCACCCACCAAAUGAUCAAACUGUUCGCGUUCUCAGAUGUUCUGUCCUUCUUCCCGAACAAUUGCACGUCCUUCAGGUGUUUGAUAGAAUGCUGCUACGAUUUGAGAAUGACCCGCGAAGCCGCAGAGUGUUUCUCAACGGCACGAGAAAUGGGUAUUUCUUUUUCACUGGAUUGGUUGGUGGGUAUUGGUCGAACCGAUGAAAUAUUGAGAAUUUAUGGUGAAUUGGAUGAUGGGUAUGUAGCUAUUAUGAGCGUGGCUUUGAAGAGAGGAGGUGAUGCUACAGAGCUGAUGAAUUGGCAUAGAGAUUUGGUGGAGGGAGGAUGCAUACCCAGCAUUUAUGAGUUUAAUAGGUUUUUAAAUAGAUUGUGUAAAGAGAAUAGGUUUGGUGUUGCUUUUGAUUUGUUCUGCUUGGUUUCUGAAUGUGGGCCGAAGCCUAGCGUGGUGACCUAUAGUACUUUGAUUCGAGCUUGUUGCAAGGAUGGCAGGCUGGAUGCAGCAAUUGGGAUUUUUGAGUUAAUGAUAAUGAGGGGUAUGAUGCCAGAUGUGAUAGUUUACGGGAUAUUAAUGGAUGGUUUUUGUAAGGAAGGGAGAGUAAAGGAAGGGUUUAGGCUACUUGAGAGGGUCUUGGAGAGUGGAGUUAAACCCGAUGUUGUGUUCUUUAGCUCACUCAUUGAUGGCUGUCUGCGAGUCGGAGACUUGAUUAAAGGGUUUGAAGUGUAUAAGAGAAUGUUGGAUGAAGAUGUGAUGCCUAAUGUUGUUACUUACAGCAUUUUGAUCAAUGGAUUCGGUCAAAAAGGUCGUGUUUCUGAGGCUUGCGGACUUUAUGGUAGGAUGUUGAAGCAAGGGCUUGAACCAAAUGUGUUGACAUAUAGUGGGCUUAUCGAUGGAUUUUGCAAGUCUCAAAAUGUGAAAGAAGCUUUUAGUUUUUAUGAGCAUAUGAUAGGAGAAGGUCCUUCUCCUGAUGUGGUUGUUAAUAGUUUGCUAAUCGAUGGACUUUGUAAGGUGGGAAGGAUGCAUGAUGCUCUGAGGUUUUUCUUCAAGUCAGGUCUUGAAUCCAAUAUUGUGACUUAUAAUGUACUAAUUGACGGUUGGUGCAAAGUGAAAAUUUUAGAAUAUGCACUUAGAAUCUAUAGGCAAUUGGGAGUACGCAAGCUAGUACCUGAUGUAGUUACUUUCACCAUCCUUCUCAAGGGAAUGGCUGUGCAAGGAAUGUUGAAGGAAGCAUCAAUAAUUUUCUUUCAAAUACUAAAGAGGGGAUUUAUGCCAGAUGCCGUAGCAUACUGCAGUUUGGUCGUCUUUCAAAUACUAAAGAGGGGAUUUAUGCCAGAUGCCGUAGCAUACUGCAGUUUGGUCGAUUGCUUGUGCAAGCAUGGUAUGCCAGAUGCCGUAGCAUACUGCAGUUUGGUCGAUUGCUUGUGCAAGCAUGGCAAUCUAAUUGCUGGGGUUAAACUUUAUAGUCUGAUGCUUAAAAAUGGUGUUCAUCCUGAUAUUGUUGUUUAUAACGUUCUCAUAACUGGAUUUUUUAAGGAAGGGCAGCUGAAUGAAGUAUCCAAACUGAUAGGACAGCUUACAGUACGGGGUUUGAAGCCUGAUGUUGUAACUUACAACACUAUCAUCAGUGGCAUCUGCUCCAUGAAAAGAUUGGAUCGAGCUAUUGAAUUUUACGAGAAAUUGAUAAGUGAAAGACAUCUUCAGCCAAAUGCGAUAACUUUUACUAUCCUCAUCGAUGCCUUCUGUAAAGAAGGCAGAACGGAUGAAGCCAUGCUGCUUUUCAACGAGAUGCUUGAUAUGGGUCCAUUGCCCAAUGUUGUGACUUAUACUUGUUUGAUAGAUAACCACUUUAAAACACAAAGCAUGGAAGACGCAAUUGAACUUCAUGAAGAGAUGUUGAAGAAUAAUGUCUCUCCGAAUAUUGUUAGUUAUACUGUCCUCAUUGAUGGAUUCUGUAAGCAAGGUUUAGUAGAGGAAGCUGCUUUGGCUUUUCAAUGUGCAACUGCUAGAGGUUUGUUGCCUGAUGUUGUGGCAUACGGAAUCCUAAUUCGUGGGUGUUGCGAUGCUGGAAGAUUUGCUGAAGCCAGAAUGUUCUAUGACAAGAUGAUAUCUGAUGGUGUUACGCCUGACAUCUUUCUUCAUAAUGCACUUCAGAAACAUAUUUUUUGAUGUUCAUACAUCAAACAUUUGCUACGCAGAUCCAUGGUCUUAUCUAGACUAAAGUUGAAAACAUGGCAGAUUGAUUGCUGGGUGUUCAGCAUAAAAAACAGAGACGAGAGUUCUUUCGCUCCUAUUACCUGAUAUGUGUUCCUUUGAUGUCUUUCAAGCAGACAUGCCAUUGCCUGUUGUCCAUUGAUUACCUAUUAAAGAUGGCUAUUCAGUUCCUUGUGAUUUCAGAAGGGAAGCAGUGCGGUUAAUCACUUCCCUCCAGGAUGGUUGAUAUUGGAGCUCAGAUAAAUGAUGGGGCUUGACAAGCUCUUCUCGGAGUAUACUUUUGCUGAGAGAACCAUGUAAUGAGAUGUCGUGUACAUAAUCCAUCCCAUAUAGAAUGAGUUUAUCAAUGCUAGAGCCUCCAUUUUUAUAUGAAAAUUAAUAACCAAGCUGGAAACAGAUGAACAUGGAAAUAUGCUUUUAGAAAAAGAAAGUCCAGUCAACUUAUUGAAGGAUUGAAUCGUAUUGUCUGUUGAUGCAAGCGUCGGUGAUGCAAGAAUGGUUUAGCGCUAGCUGAGGUGGAAUCUAGCAUUUUUAUUUUAUUUUAUUCAUUUCUGUUCUCUGUUUCUUCAGCAUGUAUGUAUGUGUGAGUCAUGACUCAUUGAGUUGUGACUUGUGAGCAACCAUUCUCAAACGUGGAAGGUGUAAUUCAUGCACAACCCAAUUCUUCAAGCAGUCACUUGCUGAAAAUUGUACUUGUGAAAGCGAUGUAAGACUUAAAUUAUAAAAAGAAAUUGAUAAAAUAUAGUGGGAAAAUAAAGUGAAUACUUGAGUAUAUACGCUUUGUGUACAGCUAAUAUGCUUGGUCUUGAGGACAAUAAACGUCCAAGAUUUUGGGAGACAACAAGAUAUAAAAAGAACUAUGGGGCUGGAAGACAACCAGCACAAGG